AUGGGGUUCAUCGUUCAGACAAAUAAAAAUGGAUGGGGUUAUAUAACUGUAGCAUCCACGCAUAUAAGUUUUGGCAACGAAUUAUCCGAUGCCACGAUUCAUUUUCAAAUAUUAACAAUAGGGUCAUUAUCUGAUUUAACAUAUGUCAAGCAUCGUGACACAGACGGUUGUUCAGAAAUUUUCGUCAAAUCAAGAUUGAGAUCGUCAGAGAGACGAGCUUUGUUAAAUGACUAUAAAGUGCUCAAGGACCGCUCUAAGGUUUUUUAUCGCGGUCUCUUUACUGCAAAUACUCCUAAAAAUAACUACCACAAAGCCAUCCUCGAUUAUCUAUGUGCCAACGGAUAUACAGAAUCGUUUAAUUCUCUCAAAUCAGAAGCAAAUCAAAGUGAUUUCAACCCGGAUCCUAAACAAAAAUAUUCUGGAUUACUAGAGAAAAAAUGGACCUCAGUCAUUCGAUUACAGAAAAAAAUAAUGGACUUGGAAAGCAAGAUCGCACAAAUGCAAGAAGAACUUAAUAAUGCUCCUCUUAGAAAGGUCAACAAACCGGAUGAUUGGGUGCCGCGCGCUCCUGAAAAAUAUUCGUUAACAGGACAUAGAAAUCCCGUUACGCGCGUUUCAUUUCAUCCGGUAUUUUCCGUAUUAGCGUCUGCAUCGGAAGAUACCACCAUAAAAAUUUGGGACUAUGAGACUGGUGAAUUUGAACGUACUCUCAAGGGUCACACUAAGUCAGUCCAAGAUAUAGCCUUUGAUCCUAAAGGCAACUUUUUAGUUUCUUGCUCUGCAGAUUUGACAAUAAAAGUUUGGGAUUUGCAAAACGAUUAUAAAUGUGUCAAGACUUUAUAUGGACAUGAUCAUAGUGUCUCUUCCGUUGCAUUCUUACCAUCUGGUGAUAUCAUUAUAUCUGCUUCGCGCGACAAGACCAUUAAAUUGUGGGAAUUAUCAUCAGGUGGUCAUUUAGAAUGGGUACGAAUGGUUUCACCAAGUGAGGAUGGAAAAUGGAUCACUACUAGUUCAAAUGAUCAGACUGCACGUCUUUGGGAUGUUACAACUGGAGAAUGCAAGAUGGAAUUUAGAGGUCACGAUCACGUUGUAGAAUGUUCAGUUUUUGCACCCGCUACUGCAAUUCCCCAUAUACGAGAAAUGAUAGGGCUGGUUACGAUCAAAGUGUGGGAUUCGACAGGCCAAUGUGUAAAGACAUUGGUGGGUCAUGAUAAUUGGGUGCGUGGUUUAAUUUUUCACCCUAGCGGCAAAUAUCUUCUCAGCGCAUCCGAUGACAAAACUUUAAAGAUAUGGGAUAUGAAAACUGGUCGAUGCACGAAAACUUUGGAAGCGCAUGCUCAUUUUGUUACGUGUAUUGCAUUUAAUAAAACAACUCCUGUUGUGGCUACAGGGUCUGUGGAUCAGACGGUGAAAAUUUGGGCACCAUUCAGGUGA